UUGAUUCAUUUGUGAAGGCAUUAAACAUAGCGCCCAUGUUUACCGGCUUGGUUGAGAAGAUCGGCGCGGUCACGUCGCUAGAAGCUCAGGAUGAGACAGCUAGUGGCGGUGGCGGAACGUCUUUGACAAUAUCCAAUUGCGAGGAAAUACUUACGGACUGCCAUCUGGGUGACAGCAUCUGUGUCAAUGGAACAUGCCUAACCGUAACCGCCUUCGACAAAUCCUCCUUUAAGGUCGGAGUCGCUCCGGAAACCCUACGCCGCACGAACUUAGGCUCCCUCACAAAAGGGUCCUGUGUCAAUCUUGAACGUUCUGUCACUGCCUCGACACGGAUGGGCGGCCACUUCGUCCAAGGCCAUGUCGACACUGUCGCAAAAAUAUUAUCUGUCACGCCAGAUGGCAAUGCGCUGACCUUCCGCGUCCAGCCACGGGACAAAAGCUUGUUGAGAUACAUUGUUGAGAAAGGAUAUGUUACAUUAGACGGCGCAAGUUUAACGGUGACGAAAGUGGUGGAUGGUGAAGCAGGAUGGUUUGAGAUUAUGCUGAUUGCCUAUACCCAAGAGAAGAUUGUGACGGCUAAGAAGCGUCCUGGAGAGGAGGUCAACGUUGAAAUUGAUAUCGUUGGUAAGUACGUCGAGAAGAGCGUUCAAUGCUACUUUGAAGGACACGGAGGUGGAAGUGAUUUUGCUAUCCUGGAGAAGAUGGUGGGAAGGCUGGUGGAAGAAAAGCUACGGACUUCAAAAUCUUAAGAUAUUUCCUUACAAUGGUAUAUCUCUAUUUCAUGUCAUGAAAUACAAUUCCGAUUGCACAGAUGGUGUCGGGGUUGAAGUGCAAGACUAGCAGGCAAAAGGAUUCAGGUGGGAGAAGAAUAGCUCAAUAAAUUAUAAAACCGUGAAAAUUAAUCGGAAUCAUUGUUUUGUCCAA